UUCAGUGUUCCAUGUUUCUAAACAUGGCAGGUCGUAGCGGUUUUGACGAUAUUAAUUCCAGGGGCUUUGGCGGCGGCAGGCGAACUACUGGGGGCCGUCCUCUACCUUCAGAGCCUCCAUAUAAGGCGUACGUUGGAAAUUUGCCCUCCGGAAUUAUUCAAGGCGAUAUAAACAGAAUUUUUCCUGAUCUAUCUAUAAAAAAUGUCAGAUUGGUUAUGGAUAAAGAGACAGACAAAUUCAAAGGAUUUUGCUAUGUAGAAUUUGAAUAUCUCGAAGAUUUGAUGAAAGCAAUAGAUUUGAAUGGGAUUAUUAACGUAGAUGGUAAUAUAUUAAAAAUUGAUGUUGCUGAAGAAAAAAGAAACGACCGGGGAGGUGGUUUCGAUCGUGGUCGGAGAGACGGCGGUCGCGAUGGUGGACGAGGAGGUGGCGGUGGUAGUGGCGGCGGCGGGUUCAGGCGCGAGGGGCGUGGUACGUACGACCACUUCGAAGCAUCCGACCGCAGGCUGCCGCGCCAUCAGGGUGGAGGGUUCACACAUGAACGCGAAAGAGAGCGAGGUGGAGCUGGACCAGGAGCUGGGGCCGGCGGUAACGAGCGAUGGGGCGACCGCGAUCGUGACGGCGGGCGGAGCUCCCGCGGCGGGUCCGAGGAGCCCCGCGCCGGUGACUGGGGCCGCAUGGGACGCUCGGGCUCCAACGCACCCGCUAGAAACAGACGCGCAUUCGAAGAUAUGCCUCCCACCAGACCAGACACUUCUGGUAGACCGAAGCUGGUGCUGGAGAAGCGGACGGUAAAGGAGCCCGUCAACUCGCUGGCCUCGACUAGUCAGUCUUCGUCGAUAUUCGGCGGGGCUCGGCCGCGAGAAGAAAAGCUCAAAGAACUUAAGGGAAACGAAUGAGUCCCCCGAUGUACUACUACCAAAAAACUACAUACUUUUGUCUAACUUCUGUGUGAAUAUACCCGUGCUCUUCUCGCCCUCUCUGUGUGCCCCGUUCCCUAAGUGCGUACAAAAAAAAAAUUGUAAAUCGUAAUCGAACUAUGGUUUCGUUUAAGUCGUCAGGUUUUAAAUCAUUUUUAACGUGAACUCCGUUGGCUUUAUUAUGUGUAUGUAUGAGCUUAUUACGCGCGCUCACUCGUUUUUGAGCGCCACGAACAAUCUCGCUUAUUUUCUACACCGUAUGUAUUUAAAUUUCUAGUGAUAAUAACGUCGUACGGGCUUUUUGUGUAAGAUAUAUUCGCUCGCAUAAUGUUUUACAUGAAAGAAAACUUUUAGGUUCCUUUUAUACAUAAAUGUAUUUUGUGGACAUAAUGUUUAUUAUUUUUUUUCUCUAUAAAGCUUCGUAACUAAUACUAUGUUGUAUUUGUUCAUCAUUUAUUAAUUUGUUUAUUUUGUUAGGUCGUGAAAAUUAAUAAUUGAAGGAGUAAUUAUGAUGCAUAAUUUAAGAGUUGAUUAUAAAUGGUGAUGUAAUUACGGUUUUCAUUAAUUAAAUUAACUUCCACGUACUUGGAUUUCUACUUUAUUAGAUAUUAUGUAAUGUCACAAGUCACGUGGCAGAUAAAUGUAAAAAAAAUCGCAAAAUGUAACACAACAUAGAAAAACGAAUAAAAAGUGAAUCUUUGUAA